AGCUGGGAGAAUUAGUUUGAUGGAAAGAUCAUGGGUGGUUUACCGGAGGAGGAGCUUCUAAGGCUAGGGCGUGCUCGAGCCUCAAUUGACCUGACAUCCCGAAGAGUUCAGAGCAGUGGCCUUUGUGAUGUUUGUGAGGUUAGCAUUGGAUUGAUUGGAGCAUUUGUUUGGUGUUACAUCUACAUUUGUUGGUUGCAUAAUGUUGCAUAGUUGUAUGCAUCAUAGCUCUGCAACUCAUUGAUGCUGCCUCCAUUUUCAGUACCCUUUGCUAGCCGGCCAUCCAUGGACUUUUGGUUCGCCAAGCUCCCACUCUUGCAGGGUCAAUGUUUGUCACGUUAGAUCUUUGAGGCACGCACCCUCUCUUGAUGGACGUAGCGUCAAGAGUGUUCAACCCCUGCUGCCAACUGCAACGAAGUCACGCCUCAAAACCCAAACAGAAGCUUGGAGCAAGAGCUGCGCGUCCGUCAAGGACCUCUGAAGUCCCAGUCAUCUCCAGUCAUCUCCAGUCCCAGGAGCCCCGCCUAGUGACUUUCACCAUCAGCUCGCUGGCGAAGGAACUGGAAGUCUCCAGGAUCUUCCAGUUGCUGGAAGAUUUGAGGCAUGUUCGAGGUGAGGUGAACCGAUUCCACCUCAAUGCUGCCAUGAUGGCAGCUUCCUCCUCAGCUCAGUGGAGACAAGCUUUGGGGACAUUGCGGGCACUGCAUCAAUUCAGGGAGACGCCCGACGAGCGGAGCUAUAGCGCUGCCAUGGCUGCCUGUUCGGCAGAAAGGUGGCCAGGCGCGUUGGCUGCCUGGAGCUCAAGUCGAGACGACUUGUCGGACCAGGAUGUGGUCUUGCUGGGUGUGGCAAUGACGUCCUGUGGGGCGAAUCGCUGGGUACACUGUUUGCAGAUGCUGGAGAAUUUGAGCGACUGCCAGGUGCAGCUGAACGUGGUGGUUUUUAGCACUUUGAUCUCCUUUCUAAGAAGCUGGACUGCGGCGUCUUUGAGUUUGAGCCGGAUGAGACAAUUGUGGAUUGAACCCAAUGUCGUGACGUAUACUGCAGCCAUGGCUUGUGGACAGUGGCAACUUCCAUUGAAGAUCUGCAAGAUGAACACAGUGACCUCCAAUGCCAAGCUCAAUUGCCUUGUGUCGACUUCAGGACAUUGGGAUCAAGCUGUUGAGACACUACUGCAAAUGAGGCUGGCGCGGAUGGGAGUGACUUGUGUGAGCUUCAACUCCGUCAUGAAUGCACAGGUCUUUUGGCCAGAUGCCUUGGGCUUCGUGCAGGCAAUGCGAAACCUCUCCUUACGCCAGAAUUCAUUCAGUGCCUGUUCAGCCAUCAACUCCUUUGCAAAAAAGCAGUUGCAGCAGGACCAGUGGCAGCUGGCGCUGGUGCAGUUGAGUGCCUUUGAGCUGGAUUUGACGGAGCUGGAUGUUUUCGGCUACAAUGCUGCCAUCAGUGCUUGCGAGAAGGGCCACCGCUGGUUGGCCUCCCACAGCCUCCUGACUCAUUUGCAGCGUUGCAGGUUGCCACCAGAUGAUGUGAGUUCUGGCUCAUUCUUGGCCUCUUUGUCUCCUGACGCUUGGCUUCAGGCCCUGACAUUGCUCAGGUCGGGCUUUGCGACGGCAGCUCCACAGAUUGCAGCUAUAACGACAUUGGCACAGGGGAGGCAAUGGCAGUUUUGCCUGGCUUCGUUGCCGGUGACCAGCGUUGCUCAAGGCUCUGCAGUGGCCGUUCUGGUUGGUGGAGUGUCCAGGCGGGAAGCCAGGGCGGUGGAAGACGCGCGCCGGCGCCAAGAAGAGGUCAAAAGGCUUCGAAGUGAGGCGUCAAUAUGGCGGUUGCUCCAACUUGCCUUCCUGAUGCUGCCCUUAGCAAUUUAUUGGCCGGUCUGGUUUAUGGACCCCAUUACUUUUUGGAAUUGGGUCUCUGCGCGGAUCGAUAGCUGCGGGCCUUGCUUCAUCAAGCUGGCCCAAUGGGCAGCCACCCGCAGGGACCUGUUUCCGGAUGCCGUUUGUGCUGCCUUAGGCCGCAUGCACGAGUCGGUGAGCGCCCCCUGGUCCAAGACCAUCGAGCCUGCCGAGGUGUGUAGUUCCUUACGGAAUGCCGAGAUGGAUGUGGAGUCCUUGGACUCGAGGCCAUAUGCGAGCGGGAGCAUGGCAGAGGUCUACUUCGGCACGUUGAAAGAUGGUACAGAGGUGGCGGUGAAGUGCAUGAGGCCAGGGGUCAAGCACUUGCUCGAAGCUGAUUUGGCCUGGCUCCUGCGCCUCAGUAGCUGGGCCGACUCGCUGGAGCCCUUGCGCUUGCUUCAUUUAGGAAAGGCAGCGGAGGAGUUCUGUGAGCAAGUGCAGAUGCAGACGGAUUUCCGAACAGAGGCCUCGCAUUUGCAGCAAUUUCAAUGCAACUUCAAAGGGCUUACGUCCAUUCGUUUCCCAUCUCCACUCUACGCAUCGCAAGAGAUCCUGGUCCUCUCGCGUGAGAUGGGGCAGGAGCUCUCGCGGGUCUUUCGAGACGCAGUGGCGUUCGGCCAGACCAGCGACGAGAAGACCACCCUUGCGCAGCAUUCGGUGAUCGUCCAGCGGCUUUUGGGGAUCCCACAGGAAAUGAGCUCCAGAAUUGCCACUGACAGCCUUGCUGCGUACAUGCGCAUGAUCUUCCAUGAUCAGUUUAUCCAUGGAGACUUGCAUCCUGGUAACGUGAUGUUAAAGCUGCAGGAUGCUAGCAGCGAGUCGCAGGCCGAUACAGAGAGCACGAAUUCGUGGCUCGGCCGACUGUCCAGCCGCCUGAGGAACGCUGCACGAUCGUACAGUCCACCUUUCGAGUUGAUCAUCCUUGAUGCCGGCUUGGCAAUUCCUUUGCCACGCGAGAAGGUGGAGGCCUUGCGGUCCCUGGCGCUGGCCAUCAUCUACGGUGACUUCAACCGAGCAGCAGAGAUCCUCUACCAGCAGAGCCCUGAUACCUCUAGGUGCCAGGAUCCCCAAGCUUUCAAGAACGGCCUGGCCAAGGCUUUCCGCGAUUGCAGGAAGCAGGUCUACGAGGAUGGCUUUGUGCAAGUCAGUGACUCAGUGCUGGAGUCCCUGCGUUUGGUGCGCUACUACAACGUAGGGCUAGAUACGACUCUCACAUGGACCCUGCUGGGCAUGCUCAGUAUUGAGGGCUCCGCGCGACAGUUGGAUCCCGAGGUGGACUGUGCCCGCGCGGCCACGAGGUAUAUCCUCAACAUGCCAAGCCUUUGGAAUGAGCUGAGAAGUCAUUCUUGGCACACCUCCAGGCACAUGUUUGCUGAGAUGUUCCUGACCUGGCUUGGAAUCGACUACUGGGAAUGGCGAAACCGAUCCUCCAUCUUUGCGAAUGUCAAGUGGUGAGGCGGGGCAUGGAGCCGUUUUUCGCAUGCAGCCGGUGCACCACCCGAAAUGGGCCAGUUCUCCGUACAGCGACGAUGCACUUGUUCCUAGUAGCUUAUUGUUUCUAAUGGCUUCUUGUUACUACUAGUAAGGCACUUGUUACUAGAAGCGAUGCACUUGUUCCUAGUAGCUUGUUGUUUCUAAUAGGUUGCUGUGGAUGGAGGAAAUCCUGCACUUUGCCUUCGACCCGCUCCAAAGUACAGGGAAAUGGCCUAUGGUGCAAGAUGUGUCCGUCAGCAGAGCAUGGGGUUGCUGUUGUAUGAACUACACUAUUUGAAAUGAUCAUAUCCUGGAAGUGGAAAAUGGCUCCUUGGACGACAAACAGGCAUUGUUUUUGAGGGAUAUACUCUUCCUGCGCUCUUCCUGUGAGCUACGUACUCUUCCACCAACCUCCCUUUCAUGUCCUCGCAUUGAUGAUGUGCCAUGCAGAGCUGGCCAUUGUCAUGUUGGUCGUAGGAUUAGCCCACGCCAAUUGAUCCAGGCAGGAUUCAAAUCUGGUUGAGAAGCCACGAUGGUCAUGCCUUUUUGUGCUUGGCCAAUACUCCAUUUG